UGCAAUAAAGCUAGCAUCUUCUAGUAGAGAAGGAACUACUGUACAUACAAUGGCACCGAAUGGCUACAUGUUUCAGGAUUCUACACAAUCAAAACAAAUUGGAAUAAAAGCAAAUAAGAUAAGGAAGCCGGUUAUAGAGAAGAUGAGGAGAGAUCGUAUUAAUAGCAGUAUUGAAAAACUCCGGAUUUUAUUGGAAAAAGAUAUUCAGAUACAUCACCCUCACUCGAAACUGGAGAAAGCAGAUAUAUUAGAAAUGGCUGUUACCUACCUUCAACAGCACAGACAGCAGCAGACGAAUGAUGCUCAGUACUGCAUGACAAAUGAUCAAGAUUCCUACUAUGAAGGUUACUAUCUGUGCCUUAAAGAAACAAUGGGUUUUCUGCAUAAACAGAACCCGGAACUGUAUGUACAAUCACAAUCAUUACAUCAUCUUGACUUGGAAAAAAAUGGAACAGACUCCAAAAAGUGCCUAGUACGUUCACCUAAAACAGUCUUCCAGCUAAGAACUUCCUAUCAGACUUCACAAUGUCCCGAGAAUAUAUGGAGACCUUGGUAGUCACCUUUAUACAAACUUUAACAGAGUGACUACAGAAAGCACCCCUCAUUACCCACUGUGUAAAGUGAAUGGAGACCUUUAUAUGCAUGAGCGAAACUUCUGCCAGGGUUACAAAAUGAGGGCCAAGUCUUCAAGCUUGUCAAUGUUAAAUCUGAGGCAUUUUAAGACAGGAAGAAGACGCACAAAACAAAAUGAUAUCUUGCAUUAAACUGAGCAGGCAUAUAAAAUGGCUAUAAAUAUAUAUUUUGUAGCAUACUAAACUCGGAAGUGCCCGAAGCACCACUUGACGUGUUAAAAGGUGCCAAUCAUGGCUUGCCAACUACUGGAUGUCAAUUGUGGUUGGAGAGAAAGUCCUGGUCUGGGCCACCACAGGAUAUUCGGGGCAGUAGAGGUUUGAAUAAAACUAUGUAACAUUUACCUGACUCUCAAUAUCUUCAAAUAAAAAUACAUAUAUAAUAAUAUAUGUUUAUA